AUGACUUCCAACCAAAAAACCACAGUCAAUGUAGUCUUUGGCGCCAUGACAUUCGGCAAACCCGGAGCCGAACAAUCUCGCGUCCACGACCUCUCGACAGCCAAAGCCAUCUUGGACAUUUUCCAAUCCCACGGCCACAACGAAGUCGACACAGCACGAGCCUAUGGCGAAGGCACGUCAGAAGAAAUGCUCGGCGAGCUGGACUACCAAAAGAGAAAAAUUGUUUUAGAUACAAAAUACUAUCCAACGGCGAAUUUCGCCGGUCCCAAUGCGGUUCCCGGAUGGUCGACGGAUGGACAUUUGGACGAAAAGGGUUUGCGGGAGAAUUUGGAAAAGAGUUUGAAAGCGUUGCGGACGGAGCAGGUGGAUUUGUGGUAUUUGCAUGGUCCGGAUCGGACGGUGCCGUUUGAGACGACGUUGAAGGUGGUGAAUGAUUUGUAUCAGGAGGGGAAAUUUAAGAGGUUGGGAGUGAGCAAUUAUAUGGCGUGGGAGGUGGCGCAGAUGAGUGAGAUGUGUAAACAGCAUGGAUGGAAACAGAUUGAUGUGUAUCAGGGAGUGUAUAAUGCUCUGCAUCGGUCAGUGGAGCUGGAGCUGUUGAGUUGUUUGCGGAAGUAUAAAAUAUCCUUCUACAACUACAACCCCCUAGCAGGAGGCUACCUCACCUCGCGCUACCACCGCAACGACAACACGGUCGAAGCCGGCUCUCGCUUCGACAGCAACAAAUGGCAAGGAAAAAUGUACCGCGGCCGCUACUGGAACACACAAUACUUUGACGCUCUCGACCUGCUCCGACCCGUCGCAUCCCAACAUGGAUUGACGGAAGCCGAAUGUGCGUUGCGUUGGAUGACGCAUCAUAGUCAGUUGCGGCGGGAAUUUGGGGAUGCCAUUAUUAUUGGUGCGUCGUCGGUACAGCAUAUUGAGCAGAAUUUGGUAGAUUUGGAGAAACCUGCUCUUCCCGAGGAGGUGGUGCAGGCUUUGGAUCAGGGGUGGGAGGGCUGUAAGGCGAUUUCGCAAAAGUAUUUCCAUUGA